GACAUAGGACCACAUCCCGCGGCAGAUAAAUGGCAAGCGCACUGUUUGGAUAUUCAUUUCGCGAGUACAACGCGUUGAACGCGAAUUUAUUAGAAUAUUAUUUAUAAUAGGUAGUGUUGUGCUUAUUGUGAUAUUUGUGGAUUAUUUAGAUUUAUUUAGAACUUAAUUUAUUAAUCACGAUGCCUGCCCGAGUCCCCGAUGCACAAAACGGCCACCACGUAAACGCAAUCAGCGACGACAUCGUCAUCACCGGAAUUUCCGGCCGUUUGCCGGAAAGCAGCAACAUCGAAGAAUUCAAGCAACAAUUAUUCGAUGGUGUCGAUCUAGUAACCGACGAUGCACGACGAUGGCCUUCAGGUCUCUACACCCUCCCGGCCCGCACCGGCAAACUCAAAGACUUGUCGCGAUUCGACGCCACCUUCUUCGGCGUCCACCACAAACAGGCCACCGUGAUGGACCCCCAGCUCAGACUUCUCCUCGAACUGACCUACGAAGCGAUCGUGGACGCCGGAGUCAACCCCAACGACAUCAAGGGCUCCAAAACCGGGGUCUUUAUCGGGGUUUCCGACAGCGAGUCGUCCGAAUACUGGACCCAAGACCCCGACAAAAUCAACGGCUACGGCCUGACCGGCUGCUGCCGGGCCAUGUUUUCGAACCGAAUUUCCUACACUUUUGACUUCAGCGGCCCGAGUUAUGCUCUAGAUACGGCCUGUUCCAGUAGUUUAGUUGCCUUACAGCAAGCCAUAACUGCGAUUAAAACCGGGCAAUGUGAUGCCGCCAUAGUUGGAGGUGUUAAUCUCCUCUUAAAACCCACGUCUUCGUUGCAAUUCCACCGACUGGGCAUGCUGAGUCCGCAAGGCAUGUGCAAGGCAUUUGAUGCCUCUGGGAAUGGUUACGUGAGGUCGGAAGCCGCAGUUGUUGUCUUUCUGCAAAAAGCCAGUGUUGCGCACCGGGUCUAUGCUACUGUCCUUGGGGCCAAAAUAAACACAGACGGUUACAAGGAACAGGGGAUUACAUUCCCGGCCGGUCCCAUGCAAAACCAGCUCAUCCGAGAGACUUAUGCCGAGUUUGGGGUCGACCCCAAUGAGGUUUCGUACGUGGAGGCCCACGGCACCGGCACCAAAGUGGGCGACCCCCAGGAAGUCAACUCAAUCGCUGACUUUUUCUGCACCAAGAACCGCAAAGAACCGCUCAUGAUCGGUUCGGUUAAAAGCAACAUGGGGCAUUCGGAACCGGCGUCCGGGCUCUGCUCCCUAGCCAAAAUCGUGAUAGCCAUGGAGUCCGGAAUGAUCCCCGGAAAUUUACACUUCAAAUCGCCAAAUACCGACAUUCCCGCCCUCUUAGACGGUCGACUUAAAGUCGUGGCGAAAAACGAGCCCUGGAAAGGCGGGCUGAUUGGUGUUAACUCGUUCGGGUUUGGCGGAGCCAACGCUCACAUUAUCCUGAAAUCGAACCCAAAGCCGAAGGCGUCCUGGCCCACGGACCCACUUCCUCGAGUGGUGGGCGUCUCCGGACGCACCCCUGAGGCGGUAAACACGUUCCUGGACCAUGUCGAGAAGAACAAAAACGACGAAGAGUUCCUGGCUCUAAUCGACCAAAUCCAUAAAAGUAACAUUACUGGACACGCAUAUCGCGGGUUUACGGUACUCAGUAACCCGGCGCUUCGCGAAGUUACAGAAGUCUCGAAUGAGAAGCGACCAGUUUGGUUCGUGUUCAGCGGGAUGGGGUCGCAGUGGCCCGGCAUGGCCAAGCAACUGAUGGAAGUGGAAGUGUUCCGAAACUCGAUCAAACGAAGCGCUGAAAUCCUCAAACCCCACGGCAUCAACCUGGAGGAUAUUAUAGUCAAUGGAACCGAGGCGACUUUCGAAAAUGUCCUCAACUCCUUCGUGUCAAUCGCCACCAUGCAGGUCGCUCUAACCGACGUCCUCAAAGCUUUGGAAAUCGAGCCCGAUGGUAUCGUUGGGCAUUCGGUGGGCGAAGUCGGUUGUGCUUACGCCGAUGGGACUUUCACGGCCGAACAGGCCGUCCUGGCGGCCUACGCCAGAGGCAGAGCCAUCAUCGAGAGUAAACUAAUCCCGGGACAGAUGGCUGCGGUCGGCCUGACAUGGGAGGAGGCCAAGAGGCGUUGCCCGCCUGAUGUGUUCCCCGCGUGUCACAACAGCGAAGACAACGUUACAAUUUCCGGACCUCUGGACGCCGUCAAUAAAUUCGUAGAUCAAUUAACAUCCGAAAAUAUCUUCGCCAAGAAAGUCAACAGCUCGAAUAUCGCAUUCCACAGCAAAUACAUAGCCGAGGGUGGCCCCAAGCUACGCAAAGCCUUGGAGGCGAUCAUCCCUAACCCGAAACCACGAACCUCACGCUGGAUCUCGUCCUCGAUCCCUGAAUCGGCCUGGGGCACACCUCUCGCACAGCAAAGCUCAGCGGCCUAUCACGUUAAUAAUCUCCUAUCACCCGUUUUGUUCCACGAGGCGCUUAAACACGUCCCUGAGAACGCCAUUGCUAUUGAAAUCGCACCAGCUGGGCUUUUGCAAGGUAUCCUCAAGCGUGCCAUUGGGCCCAAGUCCACCAAUAUCAGUCUGGUGAAACGGAUGCACGAAAACAAUGUGGAGUUUUUGACUUCGGCAAUUGGACGGAUUUACAAUGCUGGGGCCCAGCCUAAAGUUGGCAAUUUGUACCACCCUGUAAGCUUCCCGGUCGGUAAGGGAACGCCCAUGAUCGCAUCCAUGAUCCAGUGGGACCACUCCACCGAAUGGGCCGUGGCCAAUUUCUGCGAUAAGGGCUCAAGGUCUGGGGAAUUGGUCAUCGAAGUUGAUUUGAGCAAAGAAGAUGACCAGUACCUGGCCGGUCAUGCGAUAGAGGGAAGGGUGCUUUUCCCGGCCACGGGUUACUUGACCCUCGUAUGGAAAACCUUCGCCAAGCUGCGAAACGAGGACUACGAGCAGUUGCCCGUCAUCAUCGAAGAUGUGCAAUUCCACCGCGCGACAAUCAUGCCAAAAGAGGGCACUGUCCGAUUCCUCAUCAACAUUUUCGAAGGAACUGGCGAAUUCGAACUGUGUGAAAGUGGUUCCGUUGCCGUCUCCGGCCGCAUUUCCGUCCCUGAAGACGUCUCCAAGGAACUCCUGCACUUGCCCAAACCCACCCCUGAAGUAACCAAAGACUUACUCCCCUUGAACACCGCCGACAUUUACAAAGAACUGCGACUACGCGGUUACGACUACGACGGAGUUUUCCGCGGAAUUGCCGAAUCCGACAACAAAGGAAUCGCCGGAAAACUCAAAUGGAGCAACAACUGGAUCAGUUACAUCGAUACAAUGCUCCAAUUCUCCAUCUUGGGGCAAAACACCCGCGAGCUUUACCUCCCGACUAGACUGCAACGAUGUGUGAUCAACCCCAAGGAACACCUCCAGUACCUCAAUGGCCUCAAAGAGGAAGAUCCCAGUGUAUACAUGUACCGCAAUAUUGGGGUUAUCAAAUCAGGGGGUAUUGAGCUCCGCGGAAUGAAGGCCAGUUUGGCCCCCAGACGCCAACAAGCACAAUCACCACCCAAAUUGGAAAAAUACCAAUUCGUGCCUUUUGAAAAUAACACAGCACUCAGCGAGAAUCAAGACAAGGCUAAAACGCAUGCCCUUACUGUUCUUUUGCAAACGGUGCUCGAAAACAGCUCAGGGGCCCUGAAACUCAAAGUGGCCGAAGUUGUGAGUGGACGACCGGUCGAAGCGAUUCUAGCACCAAGUGUUAAAGAUAUCCUCGAACGGGAACCUAUGCUUGCAGUUGACGCCUCUGUAGUAACCUCUGAUUCAAUUGAUAGCGCAGCUUUGGAAAGCAGUGGAGUUAAAGUGGUCCACAAAGACGUUAGUUCCAAUCCAAUCGAUCAAAACUUGCACCUUGUCGUGCUAACCGAUGCGUUAACACACGGCAAAAUUAAUUUGAUUGAAAAUGCCGCCAACUGUAUCAAAGACGGCGGGUUCGUGCUUCUGGAAGAACCCAAAGGGGCCAUUAACAGUGGCAAAUUGUCAACAACGGAGCUCAUCGUAGUGAGUACUCAAGUCACGCCAACGAAAAGCUAUGUCUUAUUGAGAAAACCGGUCGAUGUUCGUUCUGACUCAACUGCAAUCCAAAUCACUGAAAAUAAUUUCGCGUGGGUGGAACCUGUCAAAGACGCGAUGAAGAAGAGUGAAGGUGACGGUAGCAAAAUCUACUUGUACGUCCAAGGGGAAGAACUCACUGGGUUAGUCGGAAUGGUCAAUUGUUUGAAACAGGAGCCAGGCGGUGUUGGGAUCCGAGCCGUCUUCAUCCAGGACACAAACGCACCGAAAUUUUCCCUGUCAGCUUACGAACAACAAUUGAAAAAAGAUCUGGUCCAUAAUGUUUUGAAAAAGAACGUCUGGGGCUCCUUCAGACACAUUUUGCUCGACCAUGACCACGACGGUGGCAAAUUACAAGUGGAACACGCCUACAUUAACACUCUGACUCGGGGUGAUUUGUCCAGUUUGAGAUGGAUCGAAGGCCCCUUGACUUACUACAAAGGCGGUGACGCCAAAUCCGAGCUUUGCCACGUCUAUUACGCCCCUCUUAACUUCCGUGACAUUAUGCUAGCGACUGGGAAACUCCCACCGGACGCGUUACCUGGCGAUUUGGCCGGACAGGACUGCAUCCUCGGUUUGGAAUUCUCGGGACGGGACAGUAAAGGACGAAGAGUGAUGGGGAUGGUUGAGGCACGGAGUCUCGCAACUACUGUGAUUGCCGACACUGGAUUUUUAUGGGAAGUCCCGGAGAAAUGGAGUUUGGAGGAAGCCGCAACAAUUCCAGUGGUUUACGGUACAAGUUACUACGCCCUUAUUGUGCGCGGUGGCAUGAAACCAGGCGAGUCGAUUCUCAUCCAUGCUGGUACCGGUGGUGUGGGGCAAGCAUCCAUUGCCAUAGCCCUCCACAUGGGCUGCAAGGUUUUCACGACAGUGAGCAGUCAAGCCAAGAGGGAUUUCCUCAAGAAGACGUUCCCGCAACUUAACGACGACUGUAUUGGAAAUUCGCGUGAUACAAGCUUUGAACAAAUGGUUUUGACUCAAACCAAUGGCCGUGGCGUUGAUUUGGUCCUCAAUUCGUUGGCGAAUCACCAGCUGCAAGCGUCCGUGCGGUGUCUGGCAAUCGGGGGCCGCUUUUUGGAGAUUGGUAAAGUCGAUCUUUCGAACAAUUCGCCGCUGGGUAUGAGCAUCUUUUUGAAAAAUACCACGUUCCAUGGGAUUCUCCUUGACGCGUUGCUGGACAGUGACGGUCCCGAUAAGCGCGAAGUCGUCCGUUUGAUUAACGAGGGCAUUGCCAACGGGGCUGUGAAGCCGCUUCCAAGCACCGUUUUCAACGAAAAUCAGACGGAACAAGCGUUCCGUUUCAUGGCCUCUGGCAAACACAUCGGUAAAGUCGUCCUCAAGAUCCGGGACGAGGAAAGUCGCAAGGCGCAGCGCCCUAAACCCAAGACCGUGACUGCCAUCCCUCGAACCUACAUGGACCCGGACAAGAGUUACGUCCUCGUGGGCGGCUUGGGUGGUUUCGGGCUCGAACUAGCCAACUGGCUCAUCACACGUGGUGCCUCCAAAAUCGUGCUAACGUCCCGCAGUGGGAUCAAGACCGGGUACCAGUCACUGUGUGUGAGGAGGUGGCGCGAUUCAGGCGUAAAAGUAUUGAUUUCCACCGCUGAUGCCACCACCGAAAAAGGGGCCCGCCGUUUGCUGGAAGAAGCCAAUGGUUUGGGCCCAGUUGGCGGUAUUUUCAACCUUGCCGUGGUCCUCCGGGACGCCAUGAUGGAAAACCAGACCGAAGCCGACUACAAAACGGCCUGCAAGCCCAAAGUCGACGGCAGCAAACAACUGGACGCCGCCUCCCGUUCACUAGCGCCACAUCUCGACUAUUUCGUCAACUUCUCGUCCGUUUCCUGCGGACGGGGCAAUGCCGGACAAUCAAACUACGGCAUGGCCAACUCCGCCAUGGAGCGCAUCUGCGAGGCGCGGCAAGCGGCGGGACUCCCAGGUGUGGCCAUUCAAUGGGGGGCCAUCGGCGAUGUUGGUCUUAUCCUGGAGACCAUGGGCGGGAACGAUACCGAAGUCGGCGGGACUUUGCCCCAGAGGAUGGCCUCGUGUCUCACUACCAUGGACACGUUCCUCCAACAACCCAAUGCAGUGGUUUCGAGCAUGGUCCUGGCUGAGAAGCACAAAGCCGGUGCGGACGCCAACCAAGUGAGUCUCAUCGACGCCGUUGCCAAUAUUCUGGGUAUCAAAGACGCGUCCACGGUCACGGCUUCGGCUUCUUUGGCCGAUUUGGGCAUGGACUCGUUAAUGGGCGCCGAAAUCAAGCAAACGCUUGAACGCAACUACGACCUAGUGCUCAAUGCCCAGGAAAUCCGAGCGUUGACUUUCGGGAAAUUAACCGAGUUGGGAAGUGGUGGAGCCGCUCCGGUGGAGACAUCGGCCCCAGCUGGCGAUAACCAAGUGCAGUUCGACAAAAACGCGGAAAUUAUGCCCAGCAAAUGUUUGGUUCAGAUGAAGAGCAAAGGUGGCGACUCGAAGAAAAAUCCAGUGUUUGUUCUACACCCCAUUGAGGGAGUGGUGGAUGCUUUGCAAGUGCUGGCUAGUAAUAUUGAAGCCCCGGUGUAUGGUCUACAGUGUACCAAAGACACACCCUUGACGAGUAUUGGUGACUUGGCCCAAUAUUACAACAAGCAGAUCAAAACCGUUCAACCGAAAGGCCCUUACACGCUGGUCGGCUAUUCGUUUGGUGCCUGCGUUGCUUUCGAAAUGGGCGUCCAGCUCGAAAAUAGUGGCGAACAAGUCAAACUCUUGUUCAUCGAUGGGUCGCCCACUUACGUAGCGACCCACACCGGCAAAGCCAGGAACACCAAGAGUUUGCAAGGAAACACGGCGGCUGAGCAAAGCGAAGCUUUGGUUUACUUCGCCCUGCAGUUCAAAGACAUCGACCAACAAAAGGCUGUGACCGAGUUGAUGUCACUCAAAACUUGGGAAGAACGCGUGGCUAGAGCCACUCAGCUGGUGUCAGGUGCCGCCCCUUACCCCAAGGAACAAUUGGCAGCUGCUGCGGCCAGUUUCUACUACAAGUUGGUAGCAGCCGACAAGUACAAGCCCAACAUGCAAUUCAAAGGUCCAGUCACGCUCAUCAGGGCCAUAGAUAAUUACGUGCAAAUGGGUGACGAUUAUGGGCUUUCUGAGGUGUGCAAAGGCAAACUCAAAGUGCAAGCCCUUGAAGGCAACCACCGGUCAAUUCUAGGCGGCUCGACUGUGCAAAAGAUUGCCAAUAUCAUACACAACGAUUUUAUCAAAGCGUAAUUUUUGACUUGCAUCGCAUCCAUGAGUUUUGGGCACAGUAUGUAGAUAUUUUUGUAAUUUAAUUUUGUAAAUAGUUGUAGCUUUAAGUAUUUUUAUACUAUAUACGAGCUAUAUAAUAUAAAAAACUAAUUUAUUUUUGAUUAGACAGCGCAGUUUUGUAAUUUAUUUUGUAGACGCAUUUAUUUUUGUAUUUUUGGGAGUACCAAAGACUAGAUGUUGUUGAUGUUUAGUUCAAUUUUAACGGUUCUGGUAAUGAUACAAGGUUUGUUGCUUGACUUUUGUAGCAUUGUCACAACUUUGGCGGUCACAAUCAUUCUGGUGUAAAUAUAUGAAUAAUAAACAAGUUCAAUCGAAA